AUGGCGACUUGGUGCGGUCCUUGCAAAGUCGUUGCGCCACGAAUUGUCAAGCUGUCACAACAAUACGAGAAUGUCCGAUUCUACAAGAUGGACGUCGAUGAGCUUCCUGACCUCGCUCAAGAACUCGGUGUACGCGCAAUGCCAACCUUCCUAGUGUACAAAGACGGCAACAAGGUUGAAGAGAUCGUCGGCGCUGAUGAUAGGCGCGUUGAGGCGGCAUUCAAACCCCUGCUGUAG